CACCGCUGCCUCGCCGUCCGCCGCGGCUCUGGCCGCCGCCCCGAUGUCCCACAGCGCGCGAAGGGGACAGCAGGAGGAGGAGGAGGAGGAGGAGGAGGAGGGGGCGGAGGAGGGAGCGGCGAGGGGCAGCCAGGCGCGGCCCAAGAGCCAUCUGGAGCCGGCGGCGAGCGGUGGCAGGACCCAGGACCGGCAUGAGAGGAAACGGAAGAGGCAGGAGGCGCAGCAGCUCCAAAAACUCCAGCACCUGGAGUCCUUCUAUGAGAAACCUCCCCCAGGGCUAAUUAAGGAGAAUGAAAUAAAACCAGAAGACUGUAUACCUGAUGUACCAGGCAAUGAAAGUGCACGAGAAUUCCUGGCACAUGCCCCAACAAAAGGGCUUUGGAUGCCUUUGGGAAAAGAAGUCAAAGUCAUGCAGUGUUGGAGGUGUAAACGUUAUGGACACAGAACAGGAGAUAAAGAAUGCCCAUUCUUUAUUAAAGGCAAUCAGAAAUUGGAACAAUUUAGAGUAGCACAUGAAGAUCCAAUGUAUGAUAUAAUAAGGGAAAAUAAACGUCAUGAGAAAGAAAUGAGGAUACAGCAACUGAAGCAGCUCCUGGAGGACUCUACCUCAGAAGAUGAUGAUGAUAGCAGUGAUGACAGUGAUGAGGAUGAAGGUGGCAGCAGCUCCACUUCCUCAGAAUGUAGAGAUAAACACAAGAAAAAAAAGAGAAAGAAGGAAAAGAAAAAAAAAGAAAAGAAGAAGAAGAAAAAGAGAAAGCGUAAAUCAUCUAAAUCUAAUGAGAAGUCAGAAUCUGACUGACAGCAGUCAGCUGCUGCAUGUUCCUUGAUGCCUACUUGCGAACUGCAAGGAAAGAUCCAAAGAAUGAGGAAGAAACCACCAGAAAGGGCUUUAUUAAAAACUCAGAACAUACAGAUGGUUACACACAGCAUCCUACACUGGAUGUCCCUCUUCUGCCCCUCUGCAGUGCUGCAGCCAGAAAGAAGAGAGCUGCAUUGAACAAUACUCACUCAACCAUAUCUUUAUGCUGUAAAACCUGUGCUAAGGGUCUUGGUCAAAUCGGGCCUCUGCAUUGCUGCCUCUGAGUAUGAGCAGGAAGCAGUGACUAUCAAGGUAUUGCCAACAAAUCUGCAGAAUUAGUAGACUGUCUAUUGAAGUGUCUUUUCUCCAUGAAGUUAUUUUAUUAUAUACAAAGCCUCAUUGUAAUGGGACUGCAGUUUACACCAUGCAGAGCACUGAGAGUUCACUUACAGUGCUUUUAUUAUAAGCAGGUUGUACUGUAUUUUUUGUUCUCUGCAUACUGCCUAUGUGCUGAAGUUCAGUGUACUUAUCCUGUACUGGCAGCUAGGGAAAUAAAGAGCACUGUUGAAGGGGGAAAGAGUUAAUCAAGGGGAUUUACUUUAAGACAAAAUUGCAGUGUCAGCAAGACUUGGGUUUUUUUGUGUAGUAAAAUCUCAACAUCAUCACCAUUAAUGCGCACAGUUCUGUAACACCAAACCAUAGGAGUGGGAGCCAACUGUAACGAUGUUAGAUGUUCAACUUUACUGUAAAGAGGUAGUGGUUUUAGUUAUUUAAAAGGGGGUUUUCAUGUUAGAAAUGGAAAAAGAUUAAUUUCUACAUAUACUUCAGUAUCAGUUGUUUUGAUACAUUGGAGUUUUUUUUUUCUUUCAAAAAGGCUUGGGGAAAUAAAUUCCAACUUAUUUUUUAUGUUUACUAGAUUCUAUGUAAUAAUAUUUCAUGAACCAUCCCACAAGAAUGUAAAUGUGUAAGGCUUUCAAAAUAGUUUUCAACUAUAUGCGCAUAAGCCACAAAACAGUAGUAAAGAACUUGUAAGCAGGAAGAAGGGAAAGUUUUGUGUACUUAAUUGACCUUGUGGACUGACCAUACUUUUCUUUUAAAUAAUCUUGCAGACUCGACUAGAAAGAUUGAGGUAGCUAUAAACUGCAUUAGAGUAAACAUCUCUUUUUGAAACCUCAAGGUACAGUGGUACAAAGCUGUGAUUCGAGGACCUAGAUGAUACAUACUGGUACUUUGCAAAAGGAGAAAGAAAAAUAGGUCUGCUUUGAAAGGAGUAGGAAGGACUUAUAUAGAACUUAGUCUCUGUGUUUAUGCUUAUAUUGGAAAAAAAAAAGCAUGAUAGAGCUUUAACAUUAGUAGAGUGAACAUUAACAGUGAAAUCAAGGAACCAUAGAAUAAAAUGCAUUUAUUUUUUUUUCUCCUGAGAGCUUUGGAAAAAGAGGACAGGGGAAAGUAUACAUUAAAAUGUGUUUUCUCCCUCCUA